AUGGCUGUACCCGAUGUUCAUCCGUGGCCUCAAACGGGACGUCCAAAUGUCCGACUUAUACAAGUGUCCCGACAGUGAUGUCUGCGAAAAACUUGUUCACAAACUCGAAAACAAUUGGAAUCGAGAGCUAACGAAAAAGAGCCCCAGUUUUAUGCGGGCGACGGUCAAGACAUUCAUCGGACCAUUAGUGCCAUCAUUUAUACUCAUUUUCAUCGGGGAGUGUGUCAUCGAUAACGGAAAGACCAUUUUAUUGGGAUAUGUGUUGCGGUUCUUCGCCAACCCGGAGACCGAGAGCUUGUGGAGGGCGAGUGUGUUCGCGGGCGCACUGGUGGCCAGUUCUCUCAUAUUCAUAUCUUUCUUACAUCCGGCCUUUUUCCUCGCCUACAGAGUGGCCGUUAAAAUAAGAGUUUGUUGGUGUGCUCUCAUGUACAAGAAGACAACAAUCGGACAGAUAUUGAACUUAAUGUCCAACGAUGUGAGCCGUUUGGAUGAUGUAUGUGUUGUCACCGAUAAUAACAUC